AUAAUAAAUUAAGAAAUUAAAUAAGUUUUAAUUUCUUUUUUAUUUUUUAAUAAACAAAAUUUCAUCAGUAAACGAUUGGAGAUGACCGCAUGAUCCAUCCAUUGUCGCGUUGUACCAAUAUUAAACCCAGACUCCGUCUUCUUCAUCUUUAGAUUACAAGUCGCAGAACCUACACCAAAUCACCAACCAAAGCAAGAAUCAUGGCGGUUGAGGCAACCCAUCAGGAGUAUAAUCAUUUGGAAGAGGUGAAACGAUUCGAUGAUUCUAAAAUCGGAGUUAAAGGCCUGGUUGACUCUGGCCUCACCUCCAUUCCCCGCAUGUUUAUCCACCCAACCGGAGCGCUAUCCGAUCUUAAAUCCGUUCCGAAAUCCGAAUCCCAAGUCAUCCCCACCAUUGACCUUUCAGGCGUUGAUUCAGACAGGAGGCGGGCGAUUGUGGAGCAGGUUUCACAUGCCUGUCGGAAACUUGGAUUUUUUCAGAUCGUGAAUCAUGGGGUGCCGCUGGAAGUUAUGAACCGGACGAUUGAGGCGGUCAAGGCGUUUCAUGAGCUGCCGACGGAGUUCAAGAAGCAGUGGUACCGGAGGGAGAUGGGUACUGGAGUAUCUUUCAUUUCCAACGUUGACUUGUAUAACGCUAAAGCUGCGAGCUGGAGGGAUACACUUCAGGUGAGAUUGGGUCCUGUCCCAGCAGAGGUUGAGGGCAUCCCUGAAAUUUGUAGGAACGAGUUACUUGAGUGGAACCAACAGGCUACACGAGUUGCAGAGAUGUUGAUGGAGUUGCUGUGCGAAGGGCUGGGAUUGAAGCCAAGAAGAUUGAAGGAGAUGACUUUUUUGGAAGCCAAGACACUUGUGGGCCAUUACUAUCCACACUGCCCUCAACCUGAUCUCACCUUUGGAAUUACAUCGCAUACUGAUCCUGGGGUUUUGACAGUACUGCUUCAGGACCAUAUUGGAGGCUUGGAGGUUAAGGACGGUGAGGGUUGGGUUGAAGUCAAACCUCUCCCUGGAGCUCUUGUUAUUAACAUUGGAGAUAUACUUCAGAUCCUUUCCAAUGAUGAAUACAAAAGCGUAGAUCAUAGAGUGUUGGCUAAUCCUUCACCCGAUCCACGAGUUUCCACCGCAAUUUUCUUCAACGCUGGUAACAGAGUCUGCUUGUAUGGACCCUUUCCAGAGCUAGUGUCACCCGAAAAACCAGCUCUUUACCGGCAGUUUAUGCUCAAUGAUUACAUGAGAAGGUUCUUCACAAAAGAUUUGGCAGACAAGACUUUGACAGAUUACUAUAGGAUUUAAGUUAAAAGAAAACAGGACAGAAAAAUAGUACACUUGCGUUUAUGUUUUGUAAACAGAGACUGCAUAAAUAAAGUACAGCAAUGACAGAAAAAUAGUACAAUUGCUUUUAUGUUUUGUAAACAGAGGCUGCAUAAAUAAAGUGCAGCAAUACUUUGCGACAUUGAACAAAUAACAUCAUAAAGAUUACUUGGGUGUGCAAA